AUGGAUAUUCUCACUGUUGUUGUCGCGAAGCCGCUGUUGCAAGGUGCCGAUGCCGGUGAAGAUUCACUGUCUUCGGAAGAUGCACCUCAAGCAAUUGAUGUCGAUGCUGCUUUACAAACCCUCCCUAAUGUCGCUGCAAAUCCGACUGCUUCUACUGUUGUUGUGAAGCCGCUGUUACAAAACGGCGCUGCUGGUGAAGAUUCACCGUCUUCUGCGGAAGCGCCACAAGGAAUCGCUAAAAUUCAACAAAACGAAAUUCAUUCAAACUUGAAUGGUGCGCUGAUACCUCAUACUGAUGCGAUGGUUGCUGUUGUCGCGCGGCCUAAUCCCGAUCACCGAACUUCUGAUGAGGACAAUGAUGCUGCUCAAAUCUCAGGCAAUGGAAGUAAGGAUUCUUCACCAUCGGAAGGGAUGAGUUGGCCGGAUCCAUUGGAAGUCCGGUGUGAGCAACAGUCACAAUCUCUGCUGAUUUCGCAGUCAUCUGCUGCGCAACAGCUUCCUGAGAUUGCGCCUCUUGAUCAGUCUACGUCUUCUGCGCAACUGAGUCCUUUGCUCAGUCAAAAACUUCUAGAGAUAGAGGGCGUAAUUCACUCAGCAGAAUCAAAUCUUGAUACUCAAUCUUUGAAUAUUGAUAAGUCAAAGUCAGAGUUCUUAACUCCCCAAUCCUCAAAUACGGAAGGUAAAUCUUCACAAAAUAAUUCCUUAAACAGCUCCAUUCAAAAGUCAAAAAAUAUUGUCUCUGCCAAGCAAUGAAAUCCCGCUACUGCAGUAUUUAAUCUCUCCCCCAGCCCACAAGUCCCUAUUCUUCAAGUAUUACUUCCAAUUUCAAACCCAAUUAUGGGAAAAAAAACAACAACCAGUUUUUAUACAAAGACGAUAAGGAAGUAGGGAAGAAUACCGAGCCUUUUAACCCAAUUUAUUCGUUGAAGAAAUAUAUUCUGAAAGCGGACUAAAUCAUACUUUCAAUGGUUCUGAUGAUGAAGAUUUCGAUAUGGAAUAUGCAAUGGAACAAGAGUCUUUUUACAGUGAAAUUUCUGCUCCAACAUAUCACAAUCGUUCGGAAAAAAGUCAAGCCUAAAAAGAAAGUUUAAAUUCGUCGG